AUUCCAUAUCCGGGUCGAGCGAUGUUUACUAUAACAGACGGCUAAUGCUAAUGCUACGUGCCGAGGGAGAAGAGAGAGAGAACGGUGCGGUUUAAUGGUGCAUUACAGCCACAAAUGGCAUCUCAGGUCCCCAUAACCGUCAGAGCCCCGCCGACAGCCGCCAGCUCUGCCGCUCUCCGGGGGAAGAAACGUCCCGGCAGUCCGGCUGUUUGUGCCGCUCCGCAGGCUGCCGGGAGCAGCAGCAGCAGCAAGAAGAAGAAAGGAGCGCUGACAGCUCCAGCGACGACACAGACACAGACACAGGUAGCAGCAGUGGAGCCGGUGGCUGAGGUGAAGGCGGUGGGAACAGCUGACAGCGCCCCGACUGCUGCCACAGAGUCCACAGCAAAGCCUCCGCCGUUCAAAGACCCCACAUUCAUGCAUUCUGGGAUCGGUGGAGCAGCAGCAGGUAAAAAGAACCGGACUUGGAAGAAUCUCAAACAGAUCCUGGCUUUGGAGCGGACUUUACCCUGGAAGCUCAGCGAUCCCAACUACUUCAGUAUUGACGCCCCUCCCUCCUUGAAGCCAACCAAGAAAUACUCUGACAUCUCUGGGCUUCCUGCGAACUAUACAGACCCUCAGACGAAACUACGCUUCACAUCCUCCGAGGAGUUCUCCUACAUCCGCCUCCUCCCCACCGAUGUCGUGACGGGCUACCUAGCUCUGCGAAAGGCGACUUGCAUCGUACCCUGACAGCUGAACAAGGCUUACGAUCUGAAACGAUUUCCAUCCAGAGCUGAACUCGUGUCAGUAUAGGAAGUUUUUGGGCCAGCAGAGAGACUGAGAGAGCACAGGCUGCUGAAAGGAUGGCUGGAGCUCACAGGCUGGACAUUGCUGAAUAUCUGAGUGUCUCCAAGAAUGCAAUAAAUGUGAAAUGUCUGUCUUUUUUUUACUUCUUAAAACAUGGAACAUAGAAGUAUUUGAAUUCAUUCAAAUGCCAAUAAAUCAAAUUGUGUUUGUCUAAUUUGUUAAAA